AUGGAUAACCCAUCACUUCCUGCUGCCAUAAUGGGGGCAGCUACAUCUGUUAUUGCUUUGGGUGUUGUUCUUUUGAAAGGACUAAGAUCUAGAAGAGUUAUGCCUAGAGAACCUCAUGUUAAUCGAGAGUUUGAAAGAGAGACAUAUAUGAAUGAUAUUCUUUGUAGAGAACAAGUGUUAAUUUUUUUACACACUAUUGGACAUGAUGUGAGGUUUCGAGUUGUUGGUGGGAGGUUUUAUAGAUCAGUUGAGACACUGCAUCGAUACUUUAGGCAUGUCCUUAGAGCUAUUUUGCAAUUAUACAAACACAUGAUUAGAGAGCCUGACAAAGAUACACCUUUGGAGAUAAGAAAUAGCAGCAGGUUUAACUCCUAUUUUAAGGAUUGUGUGGGAGCUAUUGAUGGAACUCAUGUUCGUGCAUCUGUUCCAAUUCAAAUACAAGGAAGGUUUCGCGGCAGAAAGGAUGGAACAACACAAAAUGUCCUUGCUACUGCUACCUUUGACUUAAAAUUCCCUUAUGUAUUAGCUGGUUGGGAAGGAAGUGCACAUGAUUCACGUGUCUUAAAUGAUACACUCUCUAGGCCAAGGGGAUUAAAAAUUUUUGAAGGUAAAUAUUAUCUUGGUGAUGCUGGUUAUGGAGUUCGGAAAGGAAUUAUAUCCCCUUAUCAUGGUGUUCGUUACCAUUUGAAAGAGUUUAGUGAUAACCCGCCAAGAAAUGACAAAGAAUUAUUCAAUCUUCGCCAUUCUUCUUUACGCACUAGCAUUGAGCGUUGUUUUGGGGUUUUGAAGAAACGUUUCCGUGUGUUAGAUGCAGAACCUUUUUGGUCAUUCCCAACACAAGUGGAUGUAGUCUUAGCUUGUUGCAUAAUUCACAAUCAUAUAAUAGGAGUUGACCCUUUAAACUCAAUUAUGAACAAUGGGCUUUGUGGUAGUCCACUUGCAAAUGACAGUACAAGUAGAAGAGUCCAACAAUCACAAUGGGAAGUCCAAGAAGAAAAUAGAGAAUGGGUUUAA